AUGGGCGAGACUAUGCCGACCGUGGCUGGGGGCUCGCCAACUCUUUCCCAGCAAACAACCACAAAAAUAGUCACUCUCGAGCGAUCUCGACGAGGGAAAUACCGCGCGGUCGGCCAUGCAGCGCUCAAAAACAAUCUCCUCGCAGGGGUGGGCUAUCUCGAACUCGCCAACGCGGGCGACUUUGCGGCCAACGUCUGGAACGAGAUCCCCGUUCCUCGCCAUGCGAUGAUCCUGAUGGCCAUCGGUGGUCCUAUUGCUCUUUUUGUCUCUCUGGUCGCCGUUCGCGACUUUUGUCUCAGCUGGAAAAACGUCUCCCUGCUCUACGCCGAACGGCAGGCGCUGCUUUCCCUUCCCAGCACAGACGGCAAGACUUCUGCCGCACUGGGAGUCAACACGCGCGAGCUCGGCACAGAAUCCAUUGAUCGCAUGUUUAUGGAUCUUCUCAUGGGCUUCGGCGCCCUGCUGGUCGGAACGGGCACUAUCAUGGCCAUUUGGGGCGCUGACCACCGCGUCUUCUUAGCCAGCAAUCUCCUCUCUGGCUUCGUUGGGAACGGAUUCGCAGCAGUGUUUGGACUGGUUAAUGCAUGCUGGUCUGGGUAUCUGGUCUACCGGUUCCAGGUUCGAUAUUCAGCCUGUCGGUCUGAUCCGGCCGUCGAGACGGUGCGACCGAAGCUACGACAGCGGGUCAGGAAAUUCCAGUGGCACGCAGGGACCAACGGCGUCAAUGGAGUCGUUGCAGGAAUGGCAGCGAUGGUGACGGCCAAGAUGUGGUGGGGAUACGUUGUCCUCAUCCCGACUAUUGUGGCCAUGAUUGCAGGCAAUCUCUACUGGAAGGCAAAGCUGGGGUACGACCGACCGAUCAUGAUCGAUCCUGAUCUUACAAGCAUCGAAGAGAAAGACGGAGUCGAAGACGAUGCAGUGGGCGAUGCCCUGGACUGUCUGGCCUCGAUCGAAGCAGCACAGUCCCGACUUCCCGAUCUUGCAGAGACGGGUUCUCUAGGGAUAAUCCUGGCAUUUCUCGAACAGAAGCAGAUGCUCGAGUAUUUCCUUGUCUGGAUCGCCCGGAAGUGGCCAGACCAUCGCUUCUUUGCCCCGUUAGAGACCAUCAGCCUCUCGCGCGACGACUUGGAGAAUGGGACAGAGGACGAGAUCGCCCGAAUGGAACAAGAAUGUCGACAGUUCCUGCGCGAGCAGGCGAGACCGCUGUUGGAGCACCGAGAGCGAUAUCUGCUGGAGUUGGUGGGCGAGGCUGUGUGGAAUCAAAGAGUAUAG